CGAGAGCAUGCCGAAGCCGCGCCACCCCUCGCAGAGCCCGUUCCGAUGGCGAUUCCCAUCCUAAUCCUAGCACCGCCGAACGCCUGGCGCGCCAGUCUCUUUGCCUGCACGAAUCUCUACCCCAACGGGCUCAUGGCAUGGUACUGUCCGUGCGUCGCUCUGGCGCAGAUCGCAGCCCGCGUCGGCGUCUGUGGCGGCUACCACCGCGUUUUGUGCGGUGUCGGGUCCUUGCUGGUGGCGGGGCUGCUCUCGUACAUGAUGAGCGAGGCGGGGCUGCUCUCGUACAUGAUGAGCGAGGCGGUCCGCGACGACGACCCCAUUCGCUCCCACCAUCUAAAAGCCCUCUCCUUCUUGAGUUUUCUCUCGGUCGCAAUCGUCCUCGGCGCCAUCCGGACGCGCGUGCGCGGGUUGUACGACCUCGUUGGAUCCGAGCUCGAAGACCAUGGCUCUGCAAUCUGCUGCUUUUGGUGCACGCUCGUGCAGCUCGGCGCCGAGGUCGAGUCGUUCACGCCGGACGUCUGUCGUUUUGGCGCGCGCGAGACGCUGCCGAGCUACUGCGUCUAA